AUCGCAUCAGUCGUCUCAGCAGGAGCCUUCCAACAUGUUGAUAAUCAUUCUGCCAUAUCUGUUGGCGGCGCGCGUACCCGGCCACGAGUACCACCACGACGAUUCCGAUUGGCAACGUUACGGGCCCGAAUCCACUUACGACGUGUCGGUGAACAUGUCCCUCUCGAACGUGAUCCACGACGAGGACACGAUCUGCUCGAUGAUCGCGUCCGAGCUCAAGUGUCGAGCGAAAGGGAGCGACACGUUGAACUGCCGUUUCACGAACGGUAGGAUCGUGAGACCCGAUCCCGUUCGGGACGAGAGAUGCUCGAACGCGCGAGAUUUCGUCCCGAUGAGCGACAGAUUCGUGGACGAGGAACCGUUCGAGAUCCGGUUCAACGCGAGGGGGAUAGAGAAUCUGGUGGUGUCGAGGGACAUAGCCAGGUGGAGGUUGGACAUGAUGAGGGCGAUCCUCGGCCAGUUGAACGUCGGCUUCGAGCUGGGCAGGGAACACGAUCGGUUCGUCGCCAUGGAGAACUCUAGCAUCGGUCGCUGCGAGGUGGAGGUGAAGGUGUCGAGGGCGGGAUACGGGAGAGAGGGGGAUGGUGGGGGCGAGUUCGAGAUCGUGUUGGAGCCUGAACGGGGCGACAUGGUGCCGUUGAGCAGGGGAAGCCUUUGGAUCGAGAAGGUGAGAUGGCCGAAAAGGUGCCCGAACAGGAAGAUCUACUUCUUUGGAAAUCACCAAGACUUUAGCCUCGGUGGCAAGAAUAUUUUCAUGGACAUGAUCACGUCUGUCAGUCGUAUGUACAUCUCGCGAAGGGAGAUGAAUUCGUUCACGGAGUCUACGGGCGUGAUGAGAACGUUGAACAGACCUAGGACGAUGAAUUUGCACCAGAGGAUCGGUUUGUCCUUGAAAAGUAUAAAUCCUGCCCGAACUCCGAUCCCGGAAAUCGUGAACCCUGCGUCCACCAGCUUGUACGCGUACACUAAUUUGGAGCGAAUUCCCGAGUACAAAUGAAGGUUAAUCUUUAACAAAUGUAUUUCUCGUGUAAAAUAAAAUACGUACGUUUAGAGUUGAUCGAAAUGAUUUAAUCCUCUCGCUUUAGGGUAUUUCAAUUCCAAACGAUGUAAUUAUCUGUAGAGAUAGUAAUGAUUAAAUACCGAUUUCGAUCCUCGAACGAAAUUUAAAUCUUUCGCUCUUUGCUUGCUUUAUUGUGCUUCAUUUAUAGAAGCCAAACUCUUCUAUACUUUAAUAUACGAGAAUAUCGUGCAUCAGUUUACAUCAAUUUGUUCGUGAAAUUUUCUUUGCAAUUACAGUUUCGUUGUAAUUACAUUGUUCUCCAAUGUUUCGAUGAGUAAUUAAAAACAUAAUACAUUUUUUCAAAAAAUA